AGCCUACCGAAGUAAAGAUGGUGAAAUAAAUCACCUCAUUGUUAAUAACAAUAAUAAUAAAAAUAAUAGUAAUGAACUUAAAGGAAAAAGCGCCCCUUUCCUCUCUGAAGGCAACAAUAUGGAUAUUACUAUCACUAAAAUCUCUACUCAAAAGUUUAAUCAGUUUUCCCAUAGCGAAGUGACGCCACCGAUUAUUAUAAAUCCCAGAGAGCCCAGAAGCCCGCAGUCACCGUUAUGUAGAUCUUCUCUCUUGAAAACUCCGAAUUCGCCAGGAAAAAUAAGGCCUCACCAAGAUACUCCCACCCUUCCUCGUAGAUCACUCAGUUUUCUCACUCGAGACGAAGUUUACACAAGCAAAGCUAACCCGUCUUGUGCACGUGCACAAAAAGUCACUGAGGAGCACUCACCUUCCAAAAGUCCGCCUGCGAGCAUUUCUUUUGGGCCCUUGCGCCAUUCUGUCGGCGUCCAAACAGACGACCUUUCAGAACUGUGCAGUGGCACGUGCUCUCCAAAGAAGUGCCUCUACUGCCUCAUUAUAGCGCGCUCAUUGCCGGGCUCCCACGACCCUAUGGCUUGGUUGCUGCGGCUUUACAAAUCUGCUCAACUUGAGGCCGCUGCGCAAAAGUUCCGAGUGGAAGUACUUAAGCAGGAGUUUGAAGAGUCAGUUUCAAAAUUGCGUGAGGAGUUAGACAAUAAAAUGGUGAGCCAUCAGAACGAGAUCCGGGACUGGUCGCAGGUGAUGGAGAAGACUCACGAUAUGCAGGAUCGUCUUAUUGAAAACCUUCAAUUGUCCCUCGAAAGACAGAAAACUUUAGAGGAAAAUUGUUUAUUGUCAACAUUUGCCUUCUAUUUCAUUCCAUUCUACAGGCUGAGAAUAAAGCUCUACGCGAACGGCUUCAGUUUUCGGAGGAUGAACGUUUUGAGUAAUACAAAUAAAAAGGAGGCUGUAAUCGUAAAGCGGUCGGAGAAGAUCGACCAUAUAUAUAAAUGCGCGUCGGCCGGCGCCUUAGUCCUAGCGGCUGCCCGCGGUUUCGAUCUAAGGCACUCAAUAGGUCGCCAUCCUGAGCUGAUUGGUUGCGGAAGUGGUUGUAUAACACUAUCAAUCAUAAAAGAGUUUUCCUUAAAAGAAUACUUAAAGUGUACUGCCAUAGAUAUCGAUUCCGUUGCCACAUCUUUAACAAAAAGAAAUGUUAAACGCCUCGGCGUUCCAAAAAAUAGUAUUGAAGUUUAUACAGCAGACGUCUCCACCUUCCAAAGUCGAGAGGCUUUUGAUCUGAUAGUAAGCAACCCUCCAUACAUCCCUUCAGAAAAAAUCAAAUUUUUAGAUCCAGAAGUAAAAGAUUACGAAAGCAUAAACGCUCUAAACGGAGGAAAAACUGGACUCGACGCGGUAUACCGAAUCUUUGAUAGAAUUAACGGACAAGAAAGUUUAAGCGUUAUCGCGAAAAUCGGAACGAGCAUCUGGUUGGAGGUGGACAGCACGCACCCCAAAAAGUUAGAGCAACUCUACGCCGACGAAAAAGCCUGGAAAUGGAAGAACAUCGAAUACGUUCAAACGUAUAAAGAUUUAGCAGGAAAGCCAAGAUUCUGCCACUUGACGGUGAAGUAAAUUUUCAGGGAGUUGGCGGCCUCAAAAACAUCCUUUUCUUAAAGCUGCUCGUUCCUUCGAAUUCUAGAUCGAUUGGACGUCUUUUUAAUAAUUGCGAAGCAUUGGAUGCAGUUGGGAGACUCUCCGCUGUUUUUAAGGAAACUCCAAUUAAUUUCUG